GCGAAUUCGAAAAACACAACAGUGAAGGAACUCGUAGAUGAGAAGGCUACCCCACACAAGUUAACGAGUAGAAAUUUCAUGUUAAUUGGGCGUUUUCUUUGACUUUUACAGGUUGGAUAUUGGGAAUUACAAGUUGCAACCUCGAAUUUAACGCAUUAGUAGAAGUGGUAUAAAUUUGUUAUUUUCUGAGCGACUAUCAGGAGUUACACUAUAAAUCUUUGAUAUAUUUGUUUGACAAAAUGCUGUCUUUAGACUUUCUCGACGAUGUUCGGCGAAUGAAUAAACGCCAGCUUGAUGUGCCUUUCAGCUGUAUUACCAGGUGCUGAAUUUUGGCAUGAUUGUGUCUUCAGCCUUGAUGAUUUGGAAAGGCCUGAUGGUUGUGACUGGGAGCGAAAGCCCAAUUGUAGUUGUUCUCAGUGGCAGUAUGGAGCCUGCAUUUCACAGAGGAGAUCUGCUUUUCCUCACAAAUCGAGUUGAAGAUCCAAUCAGAGUGGGAGAAAUUGUGGUGUUCAGGAUUGAGGGCAGAGAGAUCCCCAUUGUGCACAGAGUGCUCAAAAUUCAUGAGAAGGAAAAUGGGGACAUUAAGUUCCUGACAAAAGGUGAUAAUAACUCUGUAGAUGACCGAGGCCUAUACAAGAGGGGACAGCAUUGGUUGGAGAAAAAGGAUGUGGUGGGCAGAGCAAGAGGGUUUGUGCCUUACAUAGGAAUUGUUACAAUUUUGAUGAAUGACUACCCUAAGUUUAAGUAUGCUGUCCUGUGCAUGCUGGGACUCUUUGUUUUGGUACAUCGGGAGUAAUCCUUCGCCACCAAGGACAUGAUAAAGCAAGGCAGUCACAAACUCCCCAUGCCAGUUUUGCUAGCCUGCUAAAUCUUUUUAUGCAAAAUAUUUGUAACAGUCAAGAAUUGUGGUUAAAGAUUAAAAUAACACUGGUAAUCAUUGUUUUUGUACAUCUUGCUAUAGCCUACCGAAAAUACUUUGAGUUUUUCUGUCUGAUGUGCUUUCAUCAUAUGUUCAAAAUUGACACCUGUUUCUACAGCUCAGACAUUUCUAUUAAAUCAAAAUAAAUGAGUAAAAAAAC